UCACUAUCACCAUAUCACCGCCGCUCGUUCCACACGACACCUUCUCCGCUCUCGCCGUUCUCUCUCUCUCUUUCUCUCCCGAUACUCUCUCCAUCCCAAACCCAAACCAGUCCAGAAAUCCCCACCCGGUUUGCGCGUGCACCGCGACGACGGAAGUGCGGCAACGCUGCAGAGCGCUCGCCAGUGUCUCGGUCUUGGCGAGUUACUCGGGGGGGCUCAGGCCGAGUCUACCGAGAUUGUGUCCACCGGUGCGGGUAACCCGAAAGCGAGUGUGGCGAGGAUUAAAAUCGCGGGCCGCUUUCCGGCAUGUGAGACCGUCUCGCUGCUGCCUGAAGGCCAUACGGGAACGCACGAGAGACGGUGCGUAAACGAUAAGAAAAGUUUCACGGUCGCGAGUCGAGAAGAGGAGGCACCAGAGGUGAGACGGAAGAGGAAAAAGAGCAGCAACGGCAGCAGAAGCCAGGAAAGAAAAGAGAAGAGGAGGAGAUUGCUCGAGGAAGAGGAGGAGAAGGAGGAGAACGCAUCGUCGCCGCGCGGUAGACGCAGCAAGAGGAGGAAAACCAGCCGACGAGACGGGCGCCGCGCGCUCGCACGUUGCCGCGCCGCGCUUUAACUAUAUCGCACCGCACGCGCGCCGUGAUCCGCGUACGACGCGCGCGUGAGGAGGAAUCACGGCACGUACGAUAUUACGUAUUUAUAUGUAUACACGGUGACCCGCGUGCGGAGAUAAUACAGUGUAAAUGGCGCUCUCGGCGCAAAACCAGUCGACGUCGUACGUGAACUUGUACUAUUCGAUCGUCCAGCGCGCGGCGACGCGCUACUUUAAGGAAUACUACAAUUCCGAUACUGGCGCGCCUUACGUACUGUACAAAGAUAACAUGGAGAGACCCCAGGGUCAAUGGGGCCCGGGGCCGGGAUCUCUCCAGGACGGCGGACUGUACCCGCAGCAGCAGCAGCAGCAGCAGCAGCAACAACAGCAGCAGCAGCAACAACAACAACAGCAGCAGCAGCAGCAGCAACAGGGUUCGUCCUCGUCAGGAAGCCCGCAGCAGGCCUGCGGUCCUCCGGUCGAGGGCAACGAAAGCGGUCCUCCGCCCUCGUUAGCCUCGCCCGUGCCCUCGCCAUAUCCUUCGGCGCCUCCCGAGCCUCAAUCACUGACUCCACCAGAUGACGACAUACAGUCGAGUCAGGCUACGUCCCAACAGCAACAACAGCAGCAGCAGCAGCAGCAGCAAACGCAACAACAGGUUCAGCAGCAGCAACAACAGCAACAACAGCAGCAAGUUCAGCAGCAAACUCAGCAACAGCAAACGCAACAGCAAGAUCACUCGCCGCAGCAACAAUUGACUCCGCACGCUGAUGUAGACCGCAGCGACUGUUUUCCCGGUGCUGGAGAGCUGCAACAAUAUCCGCAACACUACUUCAAAGAGGCCCGGCCGCACCCCUCACCAUCCGUACCACCUCACAUGCUCACUCCCGGUGGAUUCUCCGCGCUGCACUACCUCAAGCAACCCGGGGUGAUGCUGACGUCCCUCGGCCAAGGUGACGGCGGGCCCAGUCUGGACACGCAUCAGUACGCGAGCCCGGGCGCGCCGAACAUGACGACUGGACUGCCCGACAUCGUGCAGCAGAGUGGCAAGUCCAAGGCCGGUAACAGCGAUCUCCGGCUGUUCAAGUGCUUGACCUGCGGCAAAGACUUUAAGCAGAAAUCGACUCUGCUGCAGCACGAGCGGAUCCACACGGACAGUCGGCCGUACGGGUGUCCGGAGUGCGGCAAGCGGUUCCGGCAACAAUCUCAUCUCACGCAGCACCUGCGCAUACACGCGAACGAGAAGCCAUACGCUUGCGUGUACUGCGAACGCACGUUCCGGCAGCGUGCCAUCCUCAACCAGCAUCUGCGCAUCCACUCGGGUGAGAAGCCAUACCAAUGUCCGGAGUGCGGAAAACACUUCCGUCAGAAGGCGAUCCUGAAUCAGCACGUCCGCACACACCAAGAUGUGAGCCCGCAUCUCAUCUUCAAGAACGGAAUGACACCGACGCUCUGGCCGCAGGAUGUUCCCUUCCCGCCCGAGGAGGGUAAGGAAGAGGUGGCGUCGACGUUUGGCGACACGGACACGCAGUCGGGCGCGUUUAGUCCGGCGCCGGACGCCAAUUCCAUCCAGUAUCCCGCUUACUUCAAGGACCCGAAAGGCGCUAAUCACGCGGUUUUUGGCGCGGGUGGCUCGGGCAGCUUUGGCGCCCUGCAGUACAUCAAGCAGCAGGGCGGCACCAAGUGCCUGCCCGACGUGAUACAGCACGGACGUUCGGCCGGCAUGCCGCUGUACGUGCGCUGCCCGAUCUGUCAGAAGGAGUUCAAGCAAAAGUCCACGUUGUUGCAACACGGAUGCAUACACAUCGAAUCGCGGCCGUAUCCGUGCCCGGAGUGCGGCAAACGAUUUCGGCAACAGUCCCAUCUCACGCAGCACCUGCGCAUCCACACGAACGAGAAGCCGUAUGGCUGCGUGUACUGCGGGCGCAACUUCCGCCAGCGCACGAUCCUCAAUCAGCAUCUGCGCAUCCACACCGGGGAGAAGCCGUACAAGUGCCAGCAGUGCGGCAAGGACUUUCGCCAAAAGGCGAUCCUGGACCAGCACACGCGCACCCAUCAGGGUGACCGGCCGUUCUGCUGUCCAAUGCCGAAUUGCAGGCGGCGUUUCGCCACCGAGCCCGAAGUGAAGAAGCACAUUGAUAAUCACAUGAACCCGCACGCGGCUAAGGUGCGCCGAAAUUCGAGCGGUGACACGAAGCCGCCUGGCACGCCGGCGGGUCUCGGCCCGGUGCCCGUGCCGCGCGGUCUCACGCCCACCGUCGUCAAGCCGGAGCUGUACUUCCCGCAGUGUUACGCGCCCGCAUUCAAUCACCAGCCGCCAGUGUCCACCGCGCAGUUCCCCGGUGCUCAAGCGAACGGCGUGUCUGGCGUGACCGGUGAAUUCAAGCCGCCAACCGGUCUGCCGCCGCAGUGACUAACCGUCCAUCCUGCCGCCUACUAGCAAGCAGGAAUCCCCGCGCUGAGAUUUCAGCGUUGUUUCGGAGGCCCGGCCGCAUUGGAGGCCGACGACGACACCGCCGUCGCUGCCGCCGCCGCCGUCGCAUCGGGCACUGCCACCGCCGCCGCCGCUGCCGUCGCUGCCGCCGCCGCUGCCGCGGUUUCCCGAUGUGGCCAGCAGCCGAUCCAGCAACACUACCCGUGACAUUUAUCAUGGUGCAUUUACUAUAGAGUCUCCCUUGUUCUCGUUGUUUCGUAAAUCGCUCGCUCCUCUUGUUGCCAUUGCCGCACGGCAGCUGGUCGGCCAGCUUGACGGUGAGAACGCUGGUGGGUUUCGUCGCGCGACUCGCCAACUCGAACAACGCGAACGUCGCGGCGAGGGUACGCCGCGAGAACAAACUCACUGCUUCCUUUUAUCUCUUCCUAGAUUGUAGCUGUUUACGUUAGCUGCAACGUGGACGGAGGGUACUGAGCGGCGUUCAAAAGAAAUCAGAGAUUGUUUGGUCACUUGCUUCUUUCCUCGACUCUUGCGCUGUUCGGCAAGUAAAGAGACCGCAACCGCCUUUUCUCCUGCACGCGGUGACGAUUGCGGUGAGGACCGCAACGACGGCGACGGAAGGCGCGCCGUCUCUCGCGUAUAUUCAAUGCGGAAAGAUGAUAUCCCAAGUUGAGAUCGCGUCACGUCGGUCUUGGGCAUCUUAGGCAUCUUAGGUAUCGGUCACUCGUGACUCGUGAACGAGUUUGUAACAAGUUUGUGAUACACGUUUUCUCCUUUGCGGCGCGAACCGUCCAACGAUCAUCAUCGGAUGACGUUGGUUACAUCUCCGCGAUCGUACGUUGCUCCUGGCGAUAACGCAUUAUAGGAUCGAUAUCCCUUAGGGUAGCACGGAACCGUGUAUUUUUGACGGCAUUUCAUCCUCCCUCUCCGUUCAUUCUCUUUGAUGAAUCCAGUACCGGUGCAUACGCGCGAAUACCGAUUCCUCGUGUGAGUCAUGCGACCCGAAAACCCGCCGAUCCCGCGUAAAGGAGAAGAGUGGUCGCGGAAAGCUCGCAAAAGCUUCGUCCGUCGCUCUCACCGUCGAGCUUCCCGCUAGCUGAACCGAAAGUGAUCAACGAAGAGUUUCGUCCGUUUCUCCGUUAUUCUGUUUUUUUUUUGCAAUUGAUCGGUUGUCUACCAAUUAUAUUGCAUCUAUUCACGCGUUUGUUUAAUGGACGAGCGAAUAGCGGGAGAAAUUGGAGCGCGUGCUUCUGAAAAGGGGCAAAUUCGGAAAAAUUGACGGGGAACUCUCCUCUCGGAGUGAGUUCCUUCGAGUACGUGCACGCGCUAUCCGCGGCGCCGCCAUUCGAAACGCCGUAUAGUAUCGCCAACGGGUUGAAGAUGUUCGAUUUCGACCAGACUAAAAUGAGAUUGUGAUAUGAUAUAUUUAACUUGCCUAUGUUUUAAAAGUUUCGCGAAAGAGAUAAGAAGGGUGAUAAGAGGAAAAAGGAUAGAGGGAAAGAUAUCAUUGUGCUUCUUGAGGGGAGCGCUUGCACGACCACGAGAAGAACGCCUGUAAAUAUGUAAAGCUGUUCACUCGAAACGAAGAAGAAGAGGAAAAGGAAAAGGAAGAAGAGGGUGCAGAGGAAGAAGAAGCAAGAGGAAAAUACAACGGAGAAAGGUGACGUAUGCGAGUGCGUGCGAAUGAGGCCGAGUGUGAAUGAGACGAAAGAAAAAAGGUAUGACUGAGCGGGUGAGCCAGGAGGUGGCGGAGAAUACAGGAGGGAGGGGGUUGUAAAGAAAGAGUGGUUAGAAAAGGAAGGAAGGAGUUAUGACGAGCGGAAAAAGAGGAAGAUACGAGAGAUUAUAGGUGGAAUUUAGGAGGACGACGUAUCCUCCCACUGAGCCAUAGCUUUCGGUAGAUCGAGUCGACGACGACGACGACGACGACGAAGACGACGACGACGACGACGACGUAUCGCAAUAGCGCUGAGAGAUGGGAGGGAUGUGGUGGUUGACACGACUCUUGUAUACUAUAGUAAUAUUAAAUGUAUAUUUAUACGACAGGUUAGAUUUAUAUUCUAACUAUAAUGACGAUAUUUUGAGUCGGUUUUAAAAUCAGAUUGGUGCUGAUAAAAAGAAACUAGGUAAGCGAGUACGUAAGGAAGAAAAAGAAAAGAAACGAGGAGGGAACGUGGAAGAAGGCUGAGACAUCGUAGAGAUUAGCGUUUAAGUAGGAUAGGUGAUAUAGUGUAGUAGCUCAAGGUGAAGAAAAGACUUUGAAAGGACCGCUCGUACCUCGGGGUCCGCUCACACAUCUCGGAGAAUUAUCAUCGUCACUCUUAAGAAAAAGAAAAGAAAAAAAAAGAAGAGAAAAGUUCGGAAGGGGAGAAGGAAAUACUUUGUGGCAAUACUUGAAUAAAGCUGGAGAAGAGAAGGUGGAGGCGAGGGGACGAAGGCUUCGACGCGUACUAGAGAUUAAUCUUUGAAAAUUUCUAUAUUAAGACGUGUGAUCUCUCUAAUUAGUGUACAUUACGUCACGAGACGCGUUAUAGCAUAGUUAUACGAUUACGUACGUAUUAGGCGUUCUACACAGUUAGUCUUUUAUCUGAUUUUAGAGACACAGAGAUCUGAAGAUGAUAAUUGUGCGGCCAUAUUCUCUGUGGCCUGUUUGUAGUGCCUCGGAAUUGCUGCUCGUGCGGCAGCGAUUUGACCGUAAUUUAGGAAGGUAUACUAUAUUAUAUAUCGAGGAACCGCAAUUAUCGAUACUCUUCAGUGCAUAUAGUACUGGAAAAAAAAAUACGAGGAAACGGGGAGUCGCGUUAACAAAACGCUUCGUUAAAUUAUACUAACGAAAGGAAAUCUACUUGUAAUCUCGCGUGAGAGAACGAAACGACGACGGCGAUAUAAUCGUGGUGGUUGUUUAUCGUUGUUUUUGUUGUUCUUAAUUAUUUAGUUUCUUCCUCUCGUUCGUUACGUAAAAAACGUCAAGGUACGAA